AUUGCUUCAUGAUCCCACCCUAUACCCCCAAAAAUGGUGACGGUGAUUAUCGGUACGUACCGCGGCUGCCUGGUCGCCCUUGCCUGUAAGCUUUUCCGCAAACGCUAAGGCGGUCCCGCCAAACAAUACCGCCGCCUGCAUCACGGCUUCCUUCAAUGACACUUAUCGAUAGGACACGGAACUCCACCAUUUCUUCCGAACCAAUCGAUAGACCAGCGGCAACGCAAAGCCCACCGCGGGGUGACUCGUUUUCUUUGCCAUCGACAAAGAUCUGUAACACCUUUUUUUCACCUGAAAAAAACAGCAUUGUUUUUAUGGUGCCCAACCACUAUAUAACCCAAUCUGACCGCCACAUCGCACACUCGAAGCCAUGAAGGUCACCUUCCCUUAAUCUUCCCAUGGCCAAAAACAAGAGGGGAGCUCCCGCUUUCCGUGGCGCAAAGAACGCCAGGGGAGGACGAGGAGGCAGGGGAGCUUUUCGUGGAGGUGGGAGCUAUUCAUCAACGCCACCUCGAGUCAAUUUUGUCAGGGAAGAAACUGCUGGAUUCACACUUGCCGACGAAGCUCGCCAGACGUCGCAACAUGACCAUUCAACAUGGGGCAAUUCCAGCCUACGCUUGCGACCGGUUACUUUCGUCAGCGCUGGACCUAGCGAGCCUUUAAAGUUACUAGAUGCGAUUGUUGACCAAGCCGGUGAGGAACCAGAAGCAAUAAAGGAAGAUAUAGACGAGGAGGAAGAAGUAAACGAAAAGGAAGAGCAAGUCAAAGACGAAGGCAACCAGCUCGAUGAACAUAAUUAUGAAGACUCGACCGAUGAAGUUGAGUUCAUAGGGCCAGAUGACCUCGAGGAAGCUAUUCAAGCCGAGACUGUACCUGAAGAAAGCACACCACAAGAAGCACAAUUCUUUUUUGAUCUCACAGGAGACCAGUCAAAAAAGAAGCAGAAGCAACCUCCAGUGGAGAUACCGGAGAGACCAUCAUCGAGAAGCAGCACCUCGAGCGAGGAAGUGCUUCUUUUCAAGGGCCGAGGUGCGCAGAGAAAGGUCCAAUCUGUCCCUGACAUCGACAUGUUACAGAUGCAGACCGAAAUCCGCGUCGUGGAGCAGGCCAUCAUCGCCGAGCCGGCACCUUCAGCACAAUCACCAGUUGCCGAACUGCAAACGGAAUCAGUCUGUAACAAAAAACUAUCCAAGAAAGAGAAGAAACAGAAGAAGCGUGAGAAACGGAACGCGAAAGCCAGAUUUGAUGACGAGGAGGAUGCCAUUCUCGCCGACUACAUCGCCAAUCUCAAGGAAAACACUGAAGUCGAUGAUUACUUCAAGGAACUGCUCGAAGGUGGAAGAGACUCGGACGAUAGUGGAGUAUCCGAGUCAGCCAACGCUGCAGGAGAUGACUCGGACGAAGAUACAGACGAUGCUGAAGCGACUAACGGAGAUGAGGCCCCUAGCGGGAUCGAUGACGAGACACUGGCAAGACUGAUUGCCAGACAACAAUUCGGUCACGAUCUGGGUAUGGAAGAUGUGAAUUUUGGAGACUCUUCGAGCGACUCCGACUCAGCUGAUGACGACACUGGCAAGAGGACGAAACAGCGCCAGGCAUUUGACGAUGAUUUUGAUUUGAUGGACUGGGAUCGACCCAGCCUGCGCCGGCGCAAAGGCAAAGGAGCUCGAGCUCAGAUCAGUUUCAAUAUGUCUGAUUCCGAACUGGAAGCAUCUCUCCAAACCAGCUGGAAGAACGAUCGACUCAAGAAAUCCGAGCGAAAGAAACAACGAGAGGAAAUGCGUGCCCUCGGCAUGCUAGGCAAAAAAGACCCUGACGAUCUCCGGGUCAAGUACCCAGAUGGAAUGAAUAUGGACCAAGUCGCAGAUGAGAUACGAACAUUCUUGAUUGGCUCUGACGAACAACUUAAUUUCCCCCCGAUGGAUAACAACGCGCGCAAGAUGGUUCACGAGCUGGCGAGCAAAUUCAAGCUCAAGUCCAAGUCAAUAGGAAAAGGCGACCAACGAAGACCGACACUUCACCGAACGAAGCGUACGCCCCCUUACGUUCCUGCAACAUUCGAUCAAGCAUUCAAGCGCGUCAAUCGCAAGUAUCUUCCUCGGUCAGACAAGAAGGGCAAGAAAGGGAAUCGCCUGCCGCCUGCUCGUGGCGGCACUUCCGUCGCGGCCGCUACAUAUCAAGAUGGUGAAGUGGUUGGUGCUUCGGCGCCAGAAUUGGGCAUCGAGAAUCGUGGAAGAGCCAUGCUGGAGAAGAUGGGCUGGAGUAUGGGAACGGCGCUGGGAGCCUCGAACAACAAAGGUAUCAUGCAACCUGUUACUCAUACAAUGAAGCGGACGAAAGCUGGACUGGGAUAGGAGUUGGUUAAAAGGUUCAUCAUAUCACUUCAAGGAGUUGGGGGACGAAUGCAAUCCACUGUAGAAAUUAGAAUCGAAUUGCACCCGGCACACAUGUACAGUAAAAGGAUGGGACACAAAGCUUAU